CGCCAGAUUUCCCAGUCGUGGCAGUGCACUAAGGGCUGUGGCUGUACGAUUAGAUAGAGAUGCUUGGUCUUAUUUGCAGCUCAGGGCGACCAGCACUCAUCAAGUAAGACUGCAUGCAUGCAGAUUCUUUGGACGUCCGACGUUUGGCUCGCCCUCGCCCUCCCCUGCACCGUCACAUUCAUAAUUUGGCGCCUCUCCCUCCUCCCCCGCAGCUGGGCGGAGCUGCGUGACCUGCUCGCCCUGCGGUCCCUCGACGCCGCCGAGGCGGGCGCCUUCUCGCUGCAGCGCGCGCACAACGCCUUCGCGCGCUACCGGCACCUGUCCACGGCCGAGUUCGCGCAUCUGCGCGCGGCGUACGCGAGCAUCAGCCGCCCGCACAAGCGCCUCGGCUACACGCUUGGUUACCCCGCGAAACUCGACUCGCUGGCGCAGGUGACGGACGCCAACGGGCGCGUCACGGAUGCGAUCGCGCGGCUCGCCGAGGACGACCUUGGUUUCGACGUGCCGCCGCGCGGGGGGUCCUCCGCGGAUUUGAUGCGCGUGAGGGAAGCGUUGAAGCACUAUGUGAGGGACUGGAGCUCCGACGGGAGGUCGGAGCGCGAUCAUAUAUUCGCUCCGAUUCUGGAUGUCCUCCGCGCUGUCGACCGACGGGAACGUGAAGGCAUGCGUGUCUUGGUGCCCGGGUCGGGACUGGGGCGGCUCGCCUGGGAGAUCUCAGAACUGGGCUUUCUCACCACCGCCAACGAGCUUUCGUAUUUCAUGACGCUUGCGCUGCGGCUUCUGCUCUCGGAGUCCAGGACGAGCGCCAUCGACCAGCACACGAUCCAUCCCUACGCCCACUGGUUCUCGCACCAGCGCUCCUCGUACUCCCUCUUCCGCCCCAUGUCGUUCCCGGACGCCCUCCCGCGUCUUUCGCCGACGUUCGAGCUGCUCGAGAAGGACUUUCUGACCCUGCGCAAGCCCGCGGCGUCCGCCGGCUACGACUACAUCGUCACGCUCUUCUUCAUCGACACGUCGCUGAACGUCUUCACGACCCUUGAGCAGAUAUACCACCUGCUCCGCCCCGGGGGACGUGGAUCAACCUGGGGCCGCUCCUCUGGACGAGCGGGGCCGAGGCCAAGGUGGAGCUCAGCCUCGACGAGGUGCUGCAGGCCGUGCAGGAGAUCGGGUUCGUGAUUCAGGGGCAGGAGGAUGGACAGCGGAGCAGAACGGUCGAGUGUGAAUACACGGGCGAUUCUCGUGCCAUGAUGCGCUGGAUCUAUAGAGCGGAGUUCUGGGUUGCGCAGAAACCGGAAUGAACUACUUGAAUGCAGGAUCUUGACUGGCCACCCGCGGGCAAUGAGGCCUUGGCUGCGACAACUUGUGUGAUAAUACCUGCUAGCAGUGUCUCAGGGUCUCGUUCCCAGUCAAGCACUUUUCACUUGGGUGUCAGAACCUUCCGAAAUUUGCCUUCUAUGUGGCGUAGGGACAAUCGCAUUCGAGAGAAGCAGGGAUGAUAGUCCCACAGUAGGGUUGGAAUGUGACCACGCACAGAUCCUGCGUACGCGGUGGCAGCCUUCGAAAUCGAAUUCGGACUCCGAACUGGAAUUACUUAAUAUAUGAAGCACGGCCUGUGUUCAAUUCUUACCUCCCACAGGCGCUCAAGCAGCUUUGGUACUUCUCAUCAGAGUCUCACUUAGCCUUCCAUGGCCUGGAGUCGGGGGUCCACUGCUGUGGCCGUUUGCCAGUACUUAGGACGCCAAAUUAUGCGACCACUCGAUCCUCGCACGCACGGGGAUCACAUCUUUGACGACCAGAGCGCAUCUGAAUUCCACCUCGCUGUGCUCCUCUGAUGUCGAAUUGGAUUCGAGGGUGAUGAACAACAGCCACGUGCCCGUUCAACUUCCGCAUCCGGUGAAUAAUUAGCUGCUGGAUCGAGAUGCGGUAAAUAGCCUUUGCGUGCGAAAUAUCCGUGGGGGGGAGUGGAGAGCACUUUACCCUGAGACAUGAUGCGGUGUGCUCAAUCAAUCCAUGGCCAGUCUGACGAGUAUAAAAAGCCGCAGCCUGCUGUCUGGCGUUGUCCUCUACUGUUAUUUCUUGCACUAGUCUCCGCCAUGUCCUGGUCGCCGUCGUAUUACUCAUCUCUCCGGGGCGUGUUCGGUGAGCCACCGCCGCCACCGCCGUUGGAGAUCCAUCAGCCGCGGCCCGUGCUACCCACGAGCCAAAUUGUGUCAAUGCUCAAACACCACCCGCCACCCAACACGAAAGACGUCGAAAUCGUAGUCCCCGCCGACGAUGAGUGCAGCCGCUGCCCGGGCCCCCUCCACAGCAUACGCCCGGAAAUCCACGAAAUUCAGACCGCGAAAGUCGGGCGCAAAUGCGGGGGUCGCAUAAGUGUCGCGGUGGAUAGACGUCCCUUGGAUCCGCCGCCGGUGGUGCAGCUUCGAUUCUUCGCGGGCGAUAGCACGGACGCAGAGAUCACAGACUACAGGCGAGCGCGCGCGCAUUGCGAUGUGCCCAGCGAAACUCCCGUGACUCAUUUCUCUCUCUCUCCGUGCUCUGCAGAUCGGUCAACUGCGACAGCUUCGUCUGCCAGCCGGAGCUGUUCAGGUAUCUGCCAGAGCUCGAUCCACGCACCGGCCUCCCUCCAGACCAACUCGGCUAGUGCAUGUGUUGCGAGGGCGCUGUCAGAGAUAUCGGUUACGAAUGCGCGUGUCAUCCAGCAUGAGGGUGCGGCUAUGGUCGUCUUCCCGUUCACGGAUCUGUCUUCGAUGGAAACUGGCCGUUUUCUCUUCAGAUACCGGCUGUUCAACAUGGAAGAUACCGCUGCGUCCUACGUGGGCGGCCAUCGGGUGCACCGGAUCGUGGGCGAGUGUUGGGGCAAUCCGUUCCAGGUGUAUUCCACCAAGGACGUUCCCCGCCUUGAGGCUUCGACGGAACUCACCAAGAGUCUGAGCGAGGCGGGCAUUCCCGUAUCCGUCCGGCGCGCAGAGCGGAUUCGGAAACGCAAGGGCAUCCCCCCGGCGCAAGCGAGCCAUUCGCCCGCCACGUUGGCGAGCGACGGAUAACGAUUCGAGAGCUUAACGUUAUGCUACAGCCUGUUGCGCCAGUAUAUCUCUCUUUAAUAUCCAUGCGCGUCAGGUCACCCCACCGCGAAUUGCCUCAUAUGGAC